GAAGCGCGCCGAAGUUUGAAAACGUCGCCAACGACAACCACAACACAGCAGCACCAGCAGCAACAACAAGCCGGAACAGCAGCAGCAACUCCGCUGGCAGUAAAAGUGACGCAGCUGCUGGCAGCGACGCAAACAGCGCCGCCUUUAAUCGGUUGCCCGACUGCCAGCUGCCUGGCUCUGGCUGGCUGCUGGCUGCUGCCUGCUUGCCACAUCCUUUGACGCCGCAUGCAGUCAGUUAAUUUCUGACCACAGCGGCAAACGCGUUGCGUGCGCUCUGACUGAGUUGUCUCUCGUUUGUCUCAGUGUGUAUAUUGUUGCCCCUUUUGGUAAUCGAACUGAAGCUGAAUGUACGAACUGUGUAAUCUUUGGCGGCAUUUAACGCGCGUCGUAAACGCAAUGUGAAAUUUUUACAAUCUCGACUGGUCACGUGAAAUAUGAGUGUUGUCGGGGUUAUGCGGCAAGCGUUGCAAGUGGCAUAUGGCAGUUGCCUCGUGCAACUCGUGCGGAAAGCGAGAGCCAAAUAAACUGGCAAUGUGACAGCCAAAAAAAAGUACCCUAAAAAAGAAGAAAAUACACAAGUGUUACACAAAAGAUAAAUGAAAUAGAAGGCUGAUAAAACCAAGUGCAAAACUGUCGCCAAAAGUUAAAAGAGUAGAGCACAAUGCGGCACAUUGUGUGUAUGUGUGCGAUUCAUAGUGUGUGUGCAUAUUAAAUGAGAUUAAAUUGAAACAGAAUUGGCAAUUAAUCAAUUCGCAAACGACUUAAUCAAUUAACAACAAUUACCGCAGAAAAUUAAGUGAAUUAUUUAGAAAACAUUUCAAUUACAUUUAAAUCAAAAAAGAUAUAUUUAAAUACCAGAAAAAAGUGAACAAGUUAAGCAUACGCCGCGUGGGCUUGUCAAGUGAGAAUAUGGGAGAAUUAAAUUAAACAUUGUUCAAAUUGAUUUACAUAUGCAAAACAAUUGAAAGCAAUUGAGUACAAAAAUAAAAAUACCAACAACAAAAACCAUAACAAACAUCAGCGGCAGAGGCAGCAGCGAGACAACAAAAUGCCGGCAUCAAGUGGAUUAUAUCGCAUCAAGCACGGGCGUGUCCUUCGCACUCUGCAAAAAACCUCGGCAUUCAUUUUUAUAGCAUACAUUGCGGCAUGCAGCACUUGCGGCGGCACUGUGGCAGCCACAACAGCACCAGCAACAGCCGCAGCAACAGCGUCAGAAGAAGCAUCCGCAAUGGCAACAGCCACAACAAUGGCGCCAGGACAACAAGAGCACAGCGCGACAUCGUCGUUGUCGUUGUCGUCAGGCAGCCAAAGUGAGGCAUUACAGCGGCAUAUAAAUCAAAAUUUAAUUAUGUCACAAGCGCUUGGGCUCGGCUCGAGCUUUGCCGCCGCCUCGGCGGCCGCACUGACAGCGCCCGAACAACGCUCGACAGCCUCCUUGCAGUCGUCAUCGUUAUCUAGUGGUGGCAGUGGAAGUAGUGCUAGUGGCAGCAGCAUAACGAGCUUCGAUUCCAACAAUUUGAUCGAUGACAAACGGCAGCACCAGCAGCCACAUCACGAGCUGCCUCAGCUGCAUCACCAGCAGCAGCAGCAGCAACAGCAUUCGCGAAUUCAAGCCAAAGACACAGCUGGCCCGUAUCCAAUACCUGUGCACGUCGAGAACCAUUUGGAGGCGACGCAUGGCAUCGAUGGCGCGGAUAAUGUGUUCGGCACGCCCAUGUACUUUGGCACUGAGAACUCAACCGUGGUGACGACACAGAUUGGCGCCACAGCGCACGUUCCCUGCACGGUGCAUCACAUUGGCGAGGGUGUGGUAUCCUGGAUACGCAAAAAGGAUUAUCAUCUGCUUACAGUCGGCUUAACCACCUACAGCAGCGAUGAGCGUUUUAGUGCAACGCAUUUGAAGCAUUCCGAGGACUGGACGCUGCAAAUCAAAUUUGUGCAACAGCGCGAUGCUGGCGUCUACGAGUGUCAAGUGUCCACGCAUCCGCCCACCUCGAUUUUCUUGCAUCUGAGUGUUGUCGCGCGCGCCGAAAUAUCAGGACCGCCAAUACGUUAUCUGACGCCGGGCUCAACGCUGCGACUGCAAUGCCGUGUGGUGCAGAAUACCGAGGCAUCUGAAUAUAUAUUCUGGUAUCACGACAACCGCAUGAUUAAUUAUGACAUUGAUCGGGGCAUUAAUGUGUCAACUGAACCAGACUUUCAAUCAUCGGAGCUUACAAUUCAACGCACCCGUCGCGAGCACUCGGGCAAUUUCACCUGCGUGGCCAGCAACACGCAGCCUGCCAGCGUUUUGGUGCACAUUUUCAAAGGCGAUAAUCCUGCGGCCAUGUAUCACGGACAUGUGGGUGGCUCAACAAAAACGACGCAACGUCAGCUGCACAAUCUGAUGGUAUUAAUUGCCAUCGGCUAUCGGAUAUUCCACACAAAUGUUUAUAUCAAGAUUGUCUAAGUCUAAGACGAGGAAGGUCUCGAACCAAUUAACAAAGCUCUGGCGCAUUUGUAACUAAAUUCAUCAACAACAACAACAAAAACAACCAAAAUGGAAUCAGUAGAAUUACGAGUAUAAGAAGAGAUCCUUUCGCAGCAGAUAACAUAUGUAUUAUUAACAAUGCAAAUGAAACUAGGAUAUCAACUAUUCAACUAACUUCGGCGUGUGUGUCAGUGUGCGUGUCUCUUUGUCUGUCUGUGUGUACAACUACUUUUAUACAUAUGUAUGUGUGCAUGUUUGUAAUGUUUUUGAUGAAAAGCAAGUGUCACAGGAUAAUACUACCAUAACUACAAACAAAUAUAUCGUAUAUAGAGACAAAAAACGUAUCCCUUGACAGCACUUUUUUCGGGUCUUUCAUUUGCUUGCUUGCUUUUUGUAUGGAGAGGCAUGUCAAACAUUUGCCACUGCGCUUUUUCCAUUCUUUACCAAACCAAAAACAAUCCAAGUUCGUAUAUUUAUAAAAGCAUUAUAAUAAAAUACCCAAAAGAAGAAAAUCAAAAAAAUAAAUACAUAAAUAUUUCCUGUGCAUUUAUUACUUGAAAGUGUAUUAAAAAAUUCAAAACUAAAAGCGUUAAGAGCUUUUAUGUAAGUGAUUUUAAGUCAACUUAGCAUUAAACAUCAACAUAAAAUACUAGCAAUAAUAUUUAAUUAUAAUCUUAAUAUACAAUCUAUAUAAAUAUUUAACUAAUUAGAAUGCAAAUCUAACUAAAUCUCUUUUAUAAAACAAAUUAGUUUUACAAUCAAAUAAUAGAAAGGAAAACUUCACUUCGGUUCCCCGAAGACGGAUUAUUUCUGCAGUAUCAAUUGGAAUCUAUAUCUUUAAUCACCUACGAGAAGAGUCUAAAUAUCAAAGACAAACCUCUAUUUUUAAUUUUUAUUACAAUUGCAUUCUUGACACUUUUACUUCCACUGCAGAAAUAUUUCUCGAAUUUUGUCAACUACAACUUGUAAAUAAUUUUCUAGUUUUGUUACUAAGCUUAAAAUUUAAUUUCGAUAAAUAAAAAGUUCCACUAAAUUGUUAAGAAAUAAGUUAUUGUAAAUAUAUUUUUGUUAACAUGUAAUAAUAUAGCAAGAAUACAAAUGAUUAAAUAAUAAAAUAAAAAAGAAUCUGAAAAGAUAAAUAGUGUUAAAAAAUAACCAAAAGAAAAAGUAGAAGACUUUUGGCCAUACGAAAAUGUGUUGGUAAUCAAAAGAACAAACAAAAGCAGCAGCAAACGAAACAGAGUAAUCAAAAUAAACUAUUAUUUAGCGUAAGCCUAAGAUGACAAAAGUUUUUAGUGCUCGUAUUUUGGACGAAGGACUAAACUCUGAAGAUCGAACUAAGUAACUUCAAGGAAUUCUGAAGUUUGCCCUAAAACAAUUGCAGUGUAAAUAAUAAUUAUAAUUGAUGUGUACAAGAAAUUAAAUCGAAAAUUCAUUCAAGAUCGAGAGAAAUGAAAAAGGCAAAUGGUAAAUGAAAAAGGAAAAAAUAAUAUAAUAUCUAGCGAUUAAGUAUGUGUAGUUAAAUGUAAUAAAAAUUACAAAAAUCAACAAGAUGAACAAACAAAUAAAACAUAAUAAAAUUAUGC